GCGCUUUUCAAAAGGAGCUGCUGGCCCAGAUGCACAUGGAAAUCCUGAUCCAUGGAAACCUCUACAAGGAGGACGCACUCAAGUUGACGGAUAUGAUUGAAUCCACACUGAAACCUCGGGUGCUCCCGCAGCAGCAGUGGAGGGUCCGUCGUGGGCUGCUUCUCCCCCCUGGGUCCAACUACGUCUGGAAGAAGACACUCAAAGAUCCUGCCAAUGUCAACCACUGCAUUCAGUACUAUUUGCACGCAGGAGACAGGGGAGAUUACAAUGUCAGGGCGAAGACGUUGCUCCUGGACCAGAUUGUUGACGAGCCGUGCUUCAAUCAGCUUCGUACCAAAGAACAACUUGGCUACAUUGUCUAUUCCGGGGCCUGGACCAGCAUCACCCAAUACGGUUUCUACUUUGUCAUCCAGAGCGAGAAGAAGGCCCCCUAUCUCGAGACCCGGAUUGAGGAGUUCCUCAAGACCGUAGCCACGACGCUCGAGGAGAUGAGCGAGGCUGAGUUUGAAAGCAAUAAACGCAGCGUCAUUGACAAACGUCUGGAGCGGCUGAAGUAUAUGGAGCAGGAGUCUAACAGACACUGGAGUCAUAUCCAUACCGAGCACUAUACCUUUGACAAUGCCCAGCGAGAUGCAGCGGCAAUCAAGCCGCUCACCAAGGCGGACAUGAUCGAAUAUUUCAACCAUUACAUCCACCCGUGCCCGCCCUCUCGAGCAAAGAUAGCCGUUUACCUGGAGGCCCAGGCCAAAAGGCGACAUAUCGACAGAGCAGAUAUCGGAACUG